UAAACGGUGCUUGAAAACCUGUAUUAGUAUUAGUUUUUUGUUUCGUUGGCUCCAGCGACGACACAUUUUAGGAAAUAGGCUUUUAAAUUAAGGAGUUUUCUUUAUUCUUUUUGGCAAAAAUGAGUCAGCGACUGAUUAUUCAAGUUUUUGAGCAGUACCAGAAGUCCAGGUUGCACUUUGUGCAAACCGUUGCUGAUUUGGCGACUAGGCCACAAAACUCCGAAAUCCUCCAUAAUGCAGGAGUGAUGCCCAUGCUCCGGUCCCUGCUGCUGGACACGGUUCCGAGCAUCCAGCAUAAGGCGGCUUUGGCUCUGGGUAACCUGGCCGACCAAAGUGAUAAUCUGGCAGAAGCUUUGGUGAAAGAAGGCAUCCUACCCCAGCUGGUCCAGUCUAUGACCUCGCAGAACAGGUUUUAUAAGAAGGCAGCAGCGUUUGUUCUGCGCUCGGUGGCCAAACACUCUCCUGACCUGGCCCAGGCAGUAGUGAACUGCGGGGGGGUCGACGCUCUGGUCCUCUGCCUGGAGGAGUUUGACCCCGGGGUGAAGGAGGCCGCCGCCUGGGGUCUGGGCUGCAUCGCACGACACAAUGCAUCUCUGUCCCAGGCGGUUUUGGAAGCCGGAGCGGCCCCCCUGCUGGUGUUGUGUCUCGUGGAGCCCGAGAUGGCCCUCAAACGUGUCGUGGCCUCCACACUCAGCGACAUCUGCAAACACACGCCAGAGUUGGCCCAGACCGUGGUGGACAACGGCGCCAUCGCACACCUGGCACAGAUGAUCCUCAGCCGGGACGCCAAGCUCAAGAGGCAGGUGUUCUCCGCCCUCAGCCAAAUCAGCAAACACUCCAUCGGCCUGGCCGAGAUGGUGGUCGAGGCCGAGGUCUUCCCCGCCGCCUUCGUUUCCCUCAAUGAUCCGGAUGAUUACGUCAGGAAGAACGUUGCGAUCCUGAUGAGGGAGGUGGCGAAACACACGCCAGAGCUCUCCCAGCUGAUUGUGAACUGCGGUGGGCUGUCAAAGAUUGUCGACUACCUGGGAGAGACCCGUGGACAGCUGCGGCUCCCGGGCAUCAUGAUGCUGGGAUACGUGGCGGCUCACAAUGAAAGCCUCGCCAUGGCCGUCAUUCUCUGUAAGGGGGUGCCUCAGCUGGCCCUGUGCCUCUCAGAGGAGCAUGAGCAGCACAUGAAGUCGGCCACAGUGUGGUCAUUAGAUCAGAUAGGUCAUCACACCACUGAGCAUGCCAAGGUGGUGGCCACAGCAAACCUGCUGCCCAAGCUGCUGGCGCUCUACAUGGACGCCAGCAGCUCAGAGGACCUGCAGGCCAAGAGUAAAAAGGCGCUGAAGAACAUUCUACAGAAGUGCACCCUAGUCUCGGCUCUGGAGCCGCUACUCUACGACGCUCCCAGCAACAUCCUCAAACACGUCGUCUGCCAGUUCAGCAAGGUGCUUCCCCAUGACAGCAAGGCCCGUCGUUUGUUUGUGACCAGCGGCGGACUGAAGAAAAUCCAAGAGAUUGACGCAGAGCCGGGCUCCGCUCUGCAGGAAUACAUCAACGCCAUCAACGGCUGCUUCCCUGAGGAGAUAGUCAGGUACUACUCACCAGGCUACUCUGAGAGCCUGUUGCAGCGGUUAGAGGGCUACCAGCCGGAAGAUUCACUUCACACUCCUCCUGCUCCUCCAUCUGAAGGACAAUAAACAUUUUUUUUGCGUUACAUAUCUAAGUGGUCUUAUUAAAAGAUUUAUUUGAUGGUGCUAGCAAUAAUACAGAGUAAUAUUUAAGAUGAAAUAAAAAUAGGAUACUCAUAUUUCCACAGUAUAUAGGUCAAAAGUUCAGAUUCAGUGACCAGGGCCAGAUUUAAAAGAUACUUGGCCCCUGGGUUGGAGUCAGUGUUGGUGCCCUGUCCACUCAGGAGAAAUUCUUAUAGUUAUGCAAAUUGCAGUCCAUUAAUGGGUAAUCCUGUACAUCAGCAGGUAUGAUUUGAUGCAUGGUAGGUUAACUACGUCCCCACCCAAUAACUCCACGUUGCUGCUAAAGAAGUUGACUAUAACUUCAUAAUUUUAGAAAUACCUUGAGUAUUGUUUAGAUUCAAAAUAAAAAAAAUAAUACAAUGCCAAUGCCUCUUACGCUAAGUAAUUCAUUUUUUUUUGUUGCAAAACAGGCAGUAAUUAAAAUAAAUAAAUUAAUAAAAACCUUUGUGCCCUCCCCCCAAAAAAUGGGGCCCUGAACUACUGCCCCUGUUAGCUUUUUCUAAAGUCCGGCCCUGUCAGUGACGCAGUGGCAGGUUGCUAAAUGUUAGCUGCUUUUAAUAACAUUAGACUGACUAGUGUGCUUUUUUCCUGAGUGCUUUAUGUCAAAGGGAACGCUAUAAAUAAACAUUUCGUUUUCAUUUUUCAAAGCUUUAGAAACAUUACUCAGAAUAGCAGUCGCGCAAAGAAUAACGAAGCCUACCUGACUGAAAGAAGGCAUCCUCAGUGGUCGCACUGCCCCCUGGCGGCCCUGACGGCUCACUGCAGCUCGGUUGCUGCUGUGAGCGUGCACGUGCAGCAGCUGCGGCGCACAUGGCGAGCGGCUCUUUGUUUAUUGUCUGCAGGGCUGUGGGUGUCUGCCUGUUCUCCAACAUUGUACUCAGUUUUCCACAACCACCCACAGCUCUGAACUGCCCCGCACGGCGCUGCGCUGCGGCGGAAAUCUGCCGUCGAGGCGGCUGCCGCAGACGGCACCAACCAUCCCGAAUGUUAUAUUUCUACAAAGAGAAUUAUCUCCAACCAUGAAGCUAUCUCGAGUGAAAGCAGCGUUCACAUUAUAAAAAUCUGUCUUUUCUGCGUUGAACACUCCAAUCUGCUGCUACACAGAGAACCUCCUCCUGCGGUAGCGGCGACUCGCUCCUUCUCGCCAUCGCGUUAUUUUUUCCAUUUAUUCACACUGGGAAGGAUUACGACAAUAGUUCGUUCACGGCAAAAAAAAAAAAAAAAAAAAAACUUAAAAAAAAUGGCUGUAACUAAUAGUCGUGACGGCGACAUAUAAAGCUGUCAUUUCAGCCAUUUUUAAUUAAGCUCAAAUCUAAACCAAAGGGCGGAACUACAAGCGAUUUCAACAAAAUAAAUGACUAUUUUAUUACUAACAAGCUUUGGUAGCGGUGGAGGAAAAGUCGAUAAAACAUUUAUGGUGGCCACGGAUCGUUCGCAAACCUUUAGGGUGCGAACAAGGCGAAUAAAGUGUGAAUAAUAAAUUAUCAAAUAAAUAUUCUAUGCUUAAGGUCGAACCCAUGAAAUAGCCUUAAUAUUUACAUAGCAGGCUUUUUUUUAAAAAAGGCAUCAACUUCAGAGUCCUUAAAAAAAAUGAAGAAAAAUUAAAUAUUUUACUUGUAGAUUAUAUGCAUGUACCCUUUAAUUUUGCGUUUUAAAAAGAUUUUUGGGUAUUUAUGCAAUUUAUUAAGUUAGGGGAUAUAACUAGUUACUGCGCAUGUUCGCUUCACCUUUAUUUUAAAAUUACCUUCGUUGAUUCCAAUGUGGUCAUUUUAUUUUUCUUUUUUUCUAAUCGACACUUUUAAUUUUCCAAAUGACCUCUAUUAAAAUGCAAUGGAUAACUCAUGUAAAUAUACAAUUUAAAAUAAAAAGUGUAAGUGAGUCACUAUUAUUUGUUGCAAAAUUUAAGCUUUUUUUAAUUAUUAUUUAUUUAUGAAAUCUGUGGCAUGCCAUGUCUAAUUUAAAUAAGUCUACAAACAAAAUAUUGAGCGGAAUGAUUUUGCAGAUCAUACAAUGACUUUAAAUCUUGAAUAUAAAAAGGAAAAGUUUAUAAACUUUUCUAUUCUAUUUGUCAAAAGAAAUGUGAUAUUCUACUUUUGUUCCUGUUUACUGGAUUUUUUUUCUUUGCCCCUUAUUUAUUUAUUUCUAUUAAAAAUAUUGACUUUUUGUAUUUUUUUUUCUGCUUCACAAUAUAACGGAGUUUUGAGGAUUGGAGACUUUACUAACAGUUAAAAGUUGCUCAACAGACAUGAUACACCUCUAAGAGUUCGUAAUUUCUGCCUCUGCCUUGGAGGAAAAACAAAAAAAGUAAUUUUUUUGUUCACUUUCUUUGAAUUUUAUGGUCACUUCAUUUUUUUCCCCCACCGCCGUUUAACUGAAAGCUUCACACAUAACAGGAAAAAAAAAAAAAGAGAUAACGAUUUGAAUCAGUUAGGCAGAACAAGUGCUUUAAUUAUUUGGAGUGAUUGCUUUAUGGAAUGGAGUGUAAUUGUUAUUUAACCAUGUAUGAAUAAACAAUAAACACACAAUUUCAUCUUGUCCUGUCUGCCACUGAAAGGAAACACUCGGCAGACUGUAAAACACAGACAUGCACACUCUCACACACACGCGUACAAGUAAUGCUUAAAGCAACGCCCGGGGUCAGAGAGCAUCACAGGCUGCUGAGACCGGAGCACGAUCUGCAGGGUCAGGUGGUGCAUACCAAUUUAGAGCGCUCAGGAAAAAAAAAAAAAAAAAAAAAAAAAUACAGUUUCCACCAAAAGAGCUUUUUAAGUUUUUAAAAACUUAAAAAGCCUAAUAAAACUGUCCCACAUCUGCAGAGGAUGCCCGGCCCUGGAGCCGUUUUACAUUUGUUCCCCCCCACAUGCCCCUGGAUACUGUUACACACAUAUGAGCACUGCACAUCUCACUCCAUUUACCACAGAGAAGAAAAAGAAAUAAUAUGGGGGGAGGGGGAAAAAACCCCAAAACAUUUAAUCCCAACUAACACGCAUUUUACUAAACACAAUGUUCUUAAGCUCACAGGGAUUGGGGGUCUGACUGCUGAGAGGCGAUUUUGGCGUGUGAAGCAGUGGCAGCGGGUCGACUCGCAGCUUCAGCAGCAGCGUCUUUGGGGGAGAAAACGGAACAAAGCGGCGCGUGACAUGUACACUGUUCUACUGCAUGUGAAAGACCAUUUACAGAGAUGGAGCACGAUGAUCACCAACAUCUCACUGUGGGACGAAUAAACAAAAAUCUACCAUGACUGCAUCUGGGUUUGGUGGAAGAAGAGAUAAAACACACACUUCCACAAUGCACUCUCACACACACACACACACACACACCCACCCACACAAACAAACAUUCUUUUAACAAAGGCAGGACCAGCAUGAACCGACGUAGGGUAAAAAAAAAAAAAAAGUGAGCAGAUAUCACUUUCAGCCUGAGCAGAAAGGAAACACAGAUUUACACUUACAGGUUUCAAAGAAACCCACAAAAUUCAAAUAUUCACAAUUUUUUUUUUUCAUUUUUAACCUUGUUGGUUAGAAAACGAUCAAUUAAACGGUUUAAUUACACGGACUGAGUGACAAGUAUACUACCAGGUGCCGAAUGGAGGGAAGGUUGCACACACACACAAAAAAAUAAUACAUCAAAGUAAGCACACUGUUAAUAAAAUAACCCUUUACACUUGUUUAAAAAAAAAAGAUUACAAAAUAUAAAAUUAAAUAAUUUGGAGUAUAAAGGCACACAUCUUGCACAGUGUAUACAAUGAAAACAGCUAUUUUAAUAAGCAACAGAAGGGACUACUUAACAUGGUUUAGGCGGAGGGGCACAUACAGAACAGACCGAACGAACGACAGAGUAAAGAGAGGAAAGGAAACUCAGUCCUGUGACAUGCAUUUUUUUUUUAAUUUAUUUUUAAAGUAUUAGAACUUGUAAAAAUUCAAACAGAGUCAUUCUUCAUUACCGCAGCACCAUUACUUGUUCCACAGAGUGGCUCCUUUUUCCCCCUCUAUUAUCAGAGACUAAAAUCUAAUGUAAAAAAUAGAAACGUCAAUAUAAUCUAUGACACUUAAACAAACAUGACGUUGGAAGCUUUUUGCAUGAGUCAGAGAGAAAGAGCUGACCUGUUUCAGUUGGUGAUAAUGUGACCACACACACA